AUGGCCGGCCCGCACGCAGAAGACUUGCUACGCAAAGUAUGGUGUCUCCACCUCGUCAUCCGCUCCACCGCGCACCUCGACGCUACAGCCACCGGUCUCGAUCCUUUCCAUUUCGGCACCACGGUCUAUGUGUCCCAACAAGAAGCUCUUGUCCUGCUCGAGCACAUCUGGCACCAGCCUAUGGACGAGCAGAACGAGGACUCUGGCUACCGACCCAUCAUAUACAUGUCCUUCGGCUCCAACAGCAGCAUCAGCAGGGUACGCAAGACGGCGUUCGACUUCGACCCAACCCUUCUGGAUACCACGGUAGCGAGUCUCGAUGCGCAAAUCAUACCCCAGCAAUCGAAGAUCACUCGUCACGCCGACGCCGACUUCGCAUACCUCCUCAGGCAGUUCAGCAUCCCUGUAUAUCACUCCGACAACAGCGGCAACGCAGCCAUGUACGCCACCAUCGUCGCUAUCCUCUCAACCCUCCGUUUCGAGCUCUAUGGGUCUCUACAGAAUGCGAAGGCAAAGCCAGGGCGGGUGGGCCAGUCAAGUUCCAAGUCUGCGAUAGCUUGA